AUGCUCAUUUAUUUGGUGCUUCAGAAAUCGGAUGAACAAACCAAUAAAAAGUGGAAAGAAUCUUUGGAUUUUAAGACGCUGCCGACGUGGGGCGACUGUGUGAAGGUGCUGGAAAGGCAUUGCCAAUAUUUGGAGUCGAUGGAAGCUAGCCACACAGGAUCAGCAGUUAUUCCAGGUAACAGCAAAGCUGCAUUAAGUAAGUCUUACAACAUCACCCAGCGAUUCGACCAAGCGAAGAAAAUGGGACUUUGCAUCAAUUGCCUGUCUAAAGGACAUCAAAUGGCUCAAUGCCCAUCAACCCACAGAUGUAAGGUUUGCUCAAAGCAGCACCACAGCUUACUCCACCGCGGGUCCACAUCAGCCCAACAGACAACAAAUCCUCCACCAUCACGCGAAGCCGCAGUGCACACACACAUGCACAAUUCGUCGUCUGACAAUGUUAUUCUAGCAACUGCCAUGAUUUUAGUUCGUGAUUCGUCAGGUGAUUACAGACUAGGCAAAGCCCUGCUAGAUUCCUGUUCUCAGGUGAAUUUUAUUACUGAGGAAUUCGCACAAAGACUGUCGUUACCGAAAAGUAAACAAACCAUUGAAAUCCAUCACACUGACUCGUUGGAUGCCAAGCUGGAGAAGCUAUGGAGAAUUGAGGAAGUAGCUGUCAAUGCCGAGCCUUGGACUCGCGAAGGAACGAUUUGCGAGUAG